UUUGGUCCAUAAUCCAACGGGCUGGGCCCACAAAGAUCCGGUCGUUCAACCGGCAGCGCCAACUGUAUGAUUAUCCCUAGGGUGGCUAUACAAGAUAGGUUACAAAUAGGGUGGCUACAACUAAUCUGACGGAGGCGUGGCAGGAGUCCAAGCGUGGGCCCCAUGAUUUGACCAGUCAUGCAGUUUUCCCAUAUGCCGUGGUCCCGGUCCAGCAGCACCUCAGGCAGAGGCCGAGUACGCGCGGGUUGGUCUCUGGAGACUUCUGAUGAGGUGGUGGCCGACUACGAUCCGAAGCUGAGCGCGCUCUCCCGGGGCCAAGUGUGGGUGUGUCCCGAUGUGGCAGCUCCUCUGAGACCUUGCUUUCUUUCAAUUUCGCCGUGCCGAGUAGGCCUGGAUUCCCUUAUUUUCUAUUAUAUUAAGCAAAAGGCUAAGAGAUUUUUGAAUAUCAACACUAGGGAAUCUGGGAUUUCAACCAAAUUCAACUCUUUCUUCCCUUCUGCUUGCAUAAGCUGCUCUUUGUGUUCCCUGGAACACAACAAGUUGCCUGUGCAUUUUUUUGGCAAUCCUCAAAAACUUCGCCUGUACAUUUACUAAUGUUCUUUCCAGGCUGGAAUUUUCCUUGUUUCAUAAAUAUGCCAUAUUCUAUCUGGUACCCAUUUCAGAAGACCUGCAUGAUCUGGUCACAUACUUCUUACAGGAAUGUGCAGCAGCUUUAGUUUUUUUCAAGACUCGGUAUGCAGCAUUGGUUGCAUCACAGGGUAUUCAAUCUCCAAACCCCAUGUUAUGGGUGACAGACUAUGCUCCAGAACCACAAGAUAUGUAUUGGUCUAACAUUUGUGUGCCAUAUAGGCUUCUUUGGAUACGUAAAAUAGCUAUGCUUGUGGCCUCCGUGUGUUUUGUGAUAUUCUUCCUUGUGCCCGUCUCUCUAACACAAGGACUUGUUCACCUUGAUAAGCUACAGAAGGCAUUUCCAUUUCUGAAAGGACCAUUGAAGAGGAACUACAUAAAACAGCUUGUUACCGGAUAUUUACCGAGUGUUGUACUUGUACUAUUUUCAUACUUGGUACCUCCAUUAAUGAUGUUAUUUUCGACAAUGGAGGGCUCCAUCUCUCGCAGUGGCAGGAAGAAGAGUGCAUGUGUUAAAAUAGUAUACUUUAUGAUUUGGAAUGUUUUUUUUGCCCAGACAAUUUCCGGCUCUGUUAUUGACGGAUGGAGUGCUAUUGAUCAUUUGGGUAAAAAUCUGAACGACAUACCAAACCUGCUCGCUACAGCAGUUCCAACGACAGCUACGUUUUUCAUCACCUAUGUGUUGACAUCGGGCUGGGCAUCUUUAUCCAUCGAACUCUUGCAACCAUUUGGUAUUAUCUGGAGCUUCUUCUAUAGGCCUUUCCUGAGUAACAAGAAUGAUUCAUGUUAUAGAACUAUUACUUUCCCCUACCAUACUGAACUUCCAAGGAUUCUCCUUUUUGGGCUUUUGGGGUUCACAUGUUCCAUAUUGGCACCUCUAAUUUUGCCUCCGUUGCUGAUUUACUUUUCCUUCGCUUACCUUGUGUACCGUAAUCAGAUUAUCAAUGUAUAUAGAACAAAAUAUCAAACUGGGGGACUUUACUGGCUUCUUGCGCAUGAUGUUACAAUAUUUUCGCUGGUGCUCACCCAAAUAAUAGCAUUGGGAGUCUUUGGGACAAAAAAAUCCACAGUGGCAUCAGGAUUUACUAUACCCUUGAUCAUCUGUACACUCCUUUUCAAUCAGUAUUGCAGGCAACGGUUUCAUCCAAUAUUCAAGAAUAACCCUGCACAGGUUCUUAUUGACAUGGACCGGCAGGAUGAGGAAAGCGGUAAGACAAAAGAAAUGCAACAAAAUUCGACAUCAGCUUACUGUCAAUUCAAAGGCACUUCACUUGCACUCGGUAACAGUGUUGCUCCAAAUCUCAAUGACCACACAGAUACCCUCGAACUGCAAUGCAGCAUUGAAGAAGACACUGAUCCAGCCAUAAAAAGACCUACCCAACAAUCCGACCACCUGCCUGGAACAUGUUUUGAACUCCCAUCACUCGAAAUUGAAGAAUUGCAUACGGAGUAGUGGAUAAAACUAUCUACAACGAAAAGUUGAUAUGAGACAUUCUUUAUUACAAAUAUUGUUGGGGUUCUUGGAUCAAUUGCCUCUUAUAUAAAAAGAAAUAUGGGGAAUGUAUAGAAUUUUAUAAAUUACUCACUUUACAGGGCAUAUUAUAUGGUAUAGUCGGAUGUACCGUACAUCAUAGCAAACUUGUAAUUAAAAAAUGUAUCAGAAUAAACACUAUGUUGUUUUAGAAUGAACACUAUUUCAGAAU